AUGGAGAUGCCGCGGUCGACAAGCGCGGGCUCGUUCCGGUUCCUUGGCCUGCUGAAGCUGCCGGAGGCGGGCGCCGAGGACACGGCGGGGGCGUGCUUCGAGCUGGACGAGCGCGACGUCGUCUGGCCGGCAGGCGCUGCCGGCGGUGGAGGCGUGGACGGCUGGGCGUCCGCGCCGGCGCUCGAGAACACGGCGCCGCGGCGCGCAACGGCGCGGCGUCACGCGGCGCACGCCGUGCCGCACAGCUUCGGGCUGUCGUCGCUCCUGGCCGAGGGCGGCGGCGAGCAGCAGCUGCACAUGCACGCGGGGGUGGCCGUGCCAGUGAGGGCUGGGGCGCCGGACCGUGGCGCCGUGGCACCGAGGCAGUCGGCGCCGGUCAGGGUGCCGGUGUGGCCGGGCAGGUCGGCGUCCGGGCGCCGCGCGGCGGGGAGCGCCAAGAAGGCUGAGGAGUCGGGAGACGAGGACGGGGAGGAGAUGGUGCCGCCGCACGUGGUGACGGCGCGGCGGGCCGCGCGGUCGUCGUCGGUGCUGGAGGGCGCCGGGCGCACGCUCAAGGGCCGCGACCUCCGACGUGUCCGCAACGCCGUGCUCCGCCAGACCGGCUUCCUCGACCUCUGA